GGAGGAGGCGGGACUGUGAGGGAAAGACUGGAAGACGAGGAUGUUUCCUCGGUGAGAGGAAGGCUGUUGCACCAUGGCAGUUUUUGAUACUCCUGAGGAGGCCUUUGGCGUCUUACGUCCAGUCUGUGUUCAGCUCACGAAGACCCAGACGGUAGAGAACGUGGAACUUCUGCAGGCACAGUUACAAACCGUGAGUGACUCCGCACUCCAGGAGCUUCAGCAGUACAUCCUCUUCCCCUUGCGGUUUGUCCUGAAGACCCCAGGUCCCAAAAGAGAGCGCUUGAUCCAGAGCGUGGUGGAAUGCCUCACAUUUGUCCUCUCCUCAACAUGUGUGAAGGAACAAGAACUUCUCCAGGAACUCUUUUCCGAACUCUCUGCUUGUCUGUAUUCACCUAACUCCCAAAAACUUGCAGCCGUGUCAGAGGAGUUGAAACUGGCUGUCAUUCAGGGCCUCAGCACAUUAAUGCACUCCACUUAUGGGGACAUCAUUCUGACUUUUUAUGAACCCUCCAUUCUGCCUCGUUUAGGAUUUGCUGUAUCUCUACUGUUAGGCCUAGCAGAACAGGAGAAAUCAAAGCAAAUUAAAAUUGCUGCCUUAAAGUGUUUACAGGUUCUCCUCUUUCAGUGUGACUGUGAAGACCAUCCUAGGUCUUUGGAUGAACUUGAGCAAAAGCAGCUGGGGGAUUUGUUUGCUUGUUUUUUACCUGGAAUCUCGACUGCACUGACCAGGGUUAUCACAGGAGACUUUAAACAAGGGCACAGCAUCGUUGUAUCUUCCCUAAACAUCUUUUACAAGACCGUGAGCUUCAUUAUGGCUGAUGAACAACUCAGAGAAAUCUCAAAGGUCCAGGCAAAACCUGCAGUGGAGCAGAGAGUAGCAGAGCUGAUGGUUCACAGGGAAGCCGACUGGGUAAAAAGUACUGGAGACAAGUUGACUAUCCUGAUUAAAAAGAUUAUUGAGUGUGUUUCAGUUCACCCACAUUGGAGGGUGAGGCUGGAGCUGAUAGAACUUGUUGAGACCCUUCUUUUGAAAUGCAGUCAGUCACUUGUUGAAUCUGCCGGUGCCCUUCUGAAAGCUUUGGUGGGCCUACUAAAUGAUGAGCGUCCUGAAGUCCAAGCUCAGUGCAAUAAAGUCUUGAAACAUUUUGCAGAUCAGAAAGUGGUGGUAGGCAACAGAGCCCUUGCUGACAUCUUAUCAGAAAACCUCCACUCUCUUGCCACAUCUCUUCCCCGCCUGAUGGACUCUCAAGAUGACCAGGGCAAAUUCUCCACACUCUCCUUGUUACUUGGAUAUCUGAAACUCUUGGGCCCAAAAGUGAACUUUGUCCUCAACUCUGUGGCCCAUCUGCAGCGGCUUUCCAGAGCACUUAUCCAAGUUCUAGAACUAGACGUGGCUGACAUCAAAAUCGUUGAAGAGCGGCGUUGGAACUCUGACUAUCUGAGUGCUUCUCCAAAAAUGUCAGCCUUGCGGCCAUGGAGCCAAAUGCAAAGGAGAUAUUUCCGCUUCUUCUCCGAUGAGAGAGUUUUCCUGCUCUUGAGGCAGAUUUGUCAGCUUCUUGGUUUUUAUGGGAACCUCUAUUUGCUUGUGGAUCACUUUAUGGAACUGUACCGUGAGUCUGUGGUUUACCGGAAGCAAGCUGCCAUGAUUCUUAAUGAACUGGUUGUAGGGGCUGCUGGGCUGGAAGUGGAGCAUCUUCAUGAAAAACAUACUAGAACAAACCCAGAGGAACUGAGAGAGAUCGUGACAUCUAUAUUUGAAGAAUACACAAGCCAAGAAAACUGGUAUUUGGUUACCUGUAUUGAAGCUGAAGAAAUGGGAGAGGACCUACUGACGAAGCAGUCUGGCCUCCAGGCCAUCACAUCUAGUACCCAGACCUGCCAAGUUACAGCUUUCCCUUCUUUUUCAAAGCCAAGUCCCACUGUUUGUUCCAUGAACAGCAACAUCUGGCAAAUAUGCAUCCAGUUGGAAGGGAUUGGCCAUUUUGCAUAUGCACUAGGAGAAGAUUUUCGUUUGCUCUUGAUGUCAGCCCUUUAUCCAGUACUGGAGAAGGCUGGAGACCAAACACUGCUCAUCAGUCAGGCAGCUACCAGUUCCAUGAUGGACAUUUGCCAUGCUUGUAGCUAUGACUCCCUGCAAGACCUGAUCAAUCAAAAUUCAGACUACUUGGUGAAUGGGAUCGCUUUAAAUCUGCGUCAUCUGUCUCUGCACCCUCAUACCCCAAAGGUCUUAGAAGUCAUGCUGCGGAACUCAGAUGCUAGUCUGCUGCCUUUGGUUGCAGAUGUGGUUCAGGAUAUCUUGGUCACCCUGGACCAAUUUUAUGAUCAGAGAGCUUCUUCCUUUGUGAGUGUGCUGCAUGCUCUGCUGGCAGCAUUAGCCCAGUGGUUCCCAAAAUCAGACAGUCUUGGGCAACUCCAAGAGCGAAGAGUAUGGGAUGAGGGAAGCCAUUUGAGCCAAGGAUCAGCAACUCUUGAGAAAGGACUUGAGAAUAAUACCACCACUGCUGACGACAUUGAACAGUUUUUGCUGAACUACCUCAAGGAAAAGGAUGUGGCAGAUGGAAAUGUCUCCGAUUCUGAUAAUGAAGAAGAGGAGCAGUCAGCCCCUCCCAAAGUAGACGAGGACGACAGCGGUCCCAACGUGGAGCCACCACUGCCAGUGCAAAUCCAGAUCGCCACGGACGUGAUGGAGCGCUGCAUCCACUUGUUGUCAGAUAAAAAUCUGAAAAUCCGCUUAAAGGUCCUGGAUGUGCUGGAUUUGUGUGUGGUGGUUCUACAGUCACACAAGAACCAGCUCCUUCCCUUGGCUCAUCGUGCCUGGCCCCCGCUUGUGCACCGACUCACAAACGAUGACCCCCUGGUGGUGCUCAGAGCCUUCCAGGUUUUGCGUACGCUGGGAGGCGAGUGUUGUGACUUCCUCAGGAGCCGGUUCUGCAAAGACGUCCUGCCCAAGCUGGCUGGCUCCCUCGUUGCCCAGGCUCCCGUCAGCGCUAGGGCCGGCCCAGUCUACUCCCACACGCUAGCCUUCAAGCUGCAGCUGGCCGUCCUGCAGGGCCUGGGCCCCCUCUGCGAGAGACUGGACCUAGGUGAGGGUGACCUGAAUAAAGUGGCUGAUGCCUGCUUGAUUUACCUCAGUGCCAAACAGCCCGUGAAAUUACAAGAGGCUGCCAGGAGCAGUAGGAUCCCAGCCCAUCAAAGAACCAGCCGGUGCCUUCAAACCCUGGAUGAACACAGACUGGUACAGGCUCGUUCAUUUCAUCCCUGUCAGAGCCCAACGCCUCUCUUUACCCACACGUGGGCCUAUUAUAUCUGAACGGAUCAGGAGCCACAGAGGUGAUCCGUUAGUUCAGCUGAGCUUGAAAUUAGUAGCUCAUCCCUUUAAAUGGUAUGGGCAGUUUGUUUGAGCUUGGGCUGCAAAGCUGUUACCCCUUCGGAUUGCACCCAGCAUGGAAAUGAGGGCACUCCUCAUAUUUUUCCUUUUGACAUUUGAUUAAUAGUUGACAAAUCCAGACCCAAGUAGUUAGCUUUCCUAUUAUCCAUCUUUUGACAGGCAUUGCUGCUUUUCUUUUCAAGGCUCAUUGUUCUAAAAAUACACCCAUAUCUGAAGCAGUUCACAGUGCACACAUAGGCAUGAUUUCCUGGUGUCAGAGAUAAGAGACAUCUGCCAUGCAGAUUACAAACAAAGUGGGUUGCUGCAUUUCAGAUCCGAAGGCAGGGACCUCUGUGCCACUUAAAUCAAAUGUUCCCAGUCCUCCCUUGCCUCCUUGGUGUUGUCAUGUGAUUGAUCAUCUGCCACGGUCAACUAUUUUACCACCAAGCGUGGGGUGUGCGCACUAGCGGGGUGCCGUGCUGGCUUGGGAACAAGGAUGGCCUUGGUGGCAGGUCGUGCCUGGUGGCCAGGCCACCUGCACACAGUGGAUUUCAGAUUCCAAAAGCCUUGGCAGACCACAGGGUAGCAGUCACACCAGUUUGCGGGGUCUGUGGUCUGUCCCGGAAGCCUAAAAAGCUAAAAUGAAUGUGAUGAUCUCAGUACUAGUGAAGUAGCUAUGGAAAUGGCCUCCCUUGUCUUCUUACGUGUGUCUUUACUCAAAAAAUGCUUGAGGGACUCUUAGGAAGCAAACACUUUGUUGAGAGUCGAAAGAUCUCGAAGAUUAAUACAAAGUAAGAGCUGGCCUCACGUUGCUGCCCUGUAGUGGUAUAACAAUGGGUAAAUUAAUUUACUCCUCAAAAUCUUAUCUGUGAGUAGCUUCCUCAUCUAUAAGACUAGAAUAAUCGCCUCUAUUAUUUUCCACCUUGUAAAAUUAUUACAUGGAUUCAGUUACGUCCUGUGUAUUAAUUCUUUAGCACAAAAUAUCAGCACAGAGUAAAAAAUCAAUAAACAGUAGUUGUUUAUCACUUAAACUUACUCCUUAUUCCAAAAAAAGACUUAGGGCAUCUUAUACAUUAAGCGAUGAAGCAAAGUCAAAAGGAAGUAAAGAAAUUUUUUAAAGGGAAAAAUAAGAAGAAAAAUAAGGUGAAGCCAGGGUUGGAGUUGCUAUAUAAAAUGCAGACGCAGAACUGCACCCUCACUGGAGAUGAGCCUGGGCGGCUCUGGGCUUCCUAACAGGCCAAGCAAAGAGGGAGAGUGUCUGUCAUGCACUGCCCAGUCAUUACCAAAACAGGAAAAGGACCUUUUCAGAAAGAAGCACAGCUUCCUGGUGCUGCACCCUGGGAACUUUUCUUCCUGGGUUGUCCCUAUUGGGACCAGCACGCAGGCAUCCCUUCCCUGUUGGGACCAGCACACUGGCAUCCCUACCGUGAGUGUAGACAUGUGCUUCCCAGGACUGUUGCUACAGGCAUCCCUCACUGGAUCCUGCUGGCUUCCUGCCAGAGUGCUGGUUACAGGAAAACAGCUCAGGGAGGGGGCAGAAUGGGCAAGCCACUAAGAAGAGGUCUUUAUCUGCAAGUGUACGAAUCUUCCAGGUAGAACAGGAGACACUGCAUGUAGCCUGAGAGUACCACCUGCUGGGCCAAGACCCCGGUCCACUCCAUGCUGGGCACAGAGGACCACUCUGAAGUCUGUGCUGCCUCGGAGCAGCAGCAGCAACAGCAUGAGAUCUGGGCCUGCAGGGGGGCCUGGAGACAGGCGAGCUAGCCAGAUGGAAGGGGCUACUUUUAAAUCCUGCCCCAGUGAGAUUUAAACCCUCCUAGAUUCUGGCUUAUUUUUGAACUGUUGGUAACAGAUUGGGCCUCGCAGUGCCGUAUCUUUUUAAAUAUGCACAAAGCAAUGGAGUCAUUCCACUGUGCUUACAAUACUUUGUCUUGUGGUAUUUUAGGGGCUUGAUUAGUCUUGUAAGCUUCUACUGGUGUUUAUGGCUUUAAAUCCUUUCCCUGUUGCAUUUAAAUAUUUUUAAUAUAGGUCUCUCAGUGUGAGGAUGUGGAUGGGAGCGAGAUCGAUAGAUGAAUGAGUUUCAACACGUAAAUAUAGUUAACUCUAACGAGUAUGUGUAGCUGCAAAGGUAAUUGGUAGUAUUUAUUUGGAAGGUAAAUCGUUGCUUCAAGUCAUAAUCCUCCAUUUCUAACAUUUAGAAACAAAAAACGACCUCCAUGCAGGAGAAGAUAGCUAAAUUGAAUAGCAAGAAAGGACAGGCUUGAAAUACUGGUUAACCAAUGAACCGAGACCCAUUAGAGUAAAUUACCAAGUAUAGAAACAUCGCCCUGCUGCUCGCCGGCUGGGACACAUGACACCCCGAGCAUCCAUUUGUUUAAAACGAAGCACACGGCCUCGUUUGUGGCAUCAGCUUGUGUGGAGUCACAAGCGAAGGGGUGGCCAGAGAAGGAGUGUGGAGGAGGUUCUGCCAGGGAGGGACGAAUAGGGAAGCUAAAAUAACUGUGAAUGUGCCUGCUUUCCAACAAGUUGGGUAUAUUUUCUGAAUGCAUUUAGUCAUGGCCCUGUAGACACAGCCGGCACCACGUUCCUAAGGAGACAUCCCUGAAUGACUUCUUUAGAAGCCCUUAAUAAAUAAACAAACAAACAAACAUCACAAAGCCACAAGUUCUUUACCACUGGCAUUUACUUAGACAGCUCAUGAGAGCAUUUUAUAAAUCCAGAAAGAAACAAGGAGCAGCAGAUCCCUCAAGCAAGUAAUUGACAGAGAAAGAAUAGCCUGUCACCCAGGAGAGCUGGGCGCUCUGAAUUUCAGUUACAGUUUAUUUAGCUUUACUGGGUCUUGAUUGGCUGGUGGUUUUCUGGAGUUCCCUUUUUGCAGAUGUUGUCUCGACCAAGAUGUGAGUAACAUUCUGUAAUGUUAGUGUCUGCAGCAGAGGGCUUUUUGGUUUGGGGGAGGACGUGGUGAGAGCCUGUCAUUCGGCAUCCAAGCUUGAGAACCGCUGUGAACUGUUGGGGCUGCAAGGGGCCUUAGAGCUGAUCCAGUGUAGCCCCCUCUUUACAGAGAGGCGACUUGCCAGGAAUCCCUCCCCACUCCACCCCGCACAGGGCUUCCAGCAAUGUCCUCUGCACAUUGUGUCGUGGGCCUCUCCAACCAGCCUGACCUCCCUGUCAGACAGAGAGUCCUUUGUCCAUCAUCUUGGUAGCCCAUGCCGCUUGAGCUUGCUGGACCAGGUACUAGUAAACAUGUGGUGAAUUAUGAGAAAUAGGACCCAACCCCAGCCCACCAUGUUCUAGGAGAACAUUUCCUACCUUCCCAGGCCACCUCUCCCCCAGUUCUGUCACACAGAGCACCCCAGUAUUGAUCAUAAAGGAAUGAGCUGCUUCUGUUGGUUUGGUGUCUGGAGUUUAUUAGGUACUUGCUGAUACCCGUCAAUUGUAGAUAGGGCUGAAGUGCAGGGAAAUGGCUGCCUGCAUGAAGUGAAAUUCAAUAAAACCGCAUUUUAAGUGAAAAAUCAGUAUAAACACCAGGCUUCUUUGCCAUGGAAACAGAGGUUGCUUAGAAACUGCCUAACGGCGAGUUCUAAAUUUUUUAAAGUCAAGUUAUCAUUUAAGCUACACGGCCCUACAGGUUAUUGAGAGAUAAUCACUCGCCUCAGGACACUGGGAGGCAUGAGGCACAGCUGAGUGCCUCCCGAAACUCUGGGGACCAGAUAAUCUCUUGAUAACUGUGCUCCCUGGAGCCACUGAUUUGGGCCUGGGGGAAGGAGAAAGAAAUUUUUGUUCAGGAGUUAAAUGGUGUACAUAUAUAUUUUUUUUUAAGUGUUUCUCUUUGGGUUUGUAAAGCUGGAGCUGGCCAUUUGGCAUGUUCAACAGCCAUCUCUGCCACGUCUCAAGAUAUAUUAGGGACAUUUUCCAGGCAGUUGCCCCAGUCACUACAACGCAGCAGUCCUGUCUUUGUCUUCUGGUUUUUUGAUUAUACAAAAAGGGCUUUCUAGGUCCUUGGCUUGCAGGAGCCCUGUGCCCUGCUCAGCAUGGGCAGGCACUGGCACCAGGACGAGCGGGACCAGAGUUUGUCUGAGCACUCACACAAAAGCUCCAAGUCCUCAGGCUCAGCUCCCAGGGGCUUAAAGCAAGCAGGGUUGAGGUUCAAAAUUUGUCCAUUUUUAUGCUUCAGCAGCUGACAAGCCUUUGGCCAAACAGGAAUACAGCUACCCAGUUGCAUGGCACGGCCCUUGCUCCUGGCCCAGGCAUGCAGUGGGUAAAGAUACUACAUUCAUUUUUUCCUGAAAAAAAAUGGGCAAAAUUAGAGUCCCAUCAGCUGAGAACUGGGAACCCCCACUAAGUCAGUCUGAGGGAAAUGAUGAGUGAUGCCAACAGCAAAUGUUUUGCCCUUUUCAGGGUGUCUGAGAAUUUUCCAUAGCAUGGCCGUGCUGCUUGGGCUGGUAGUAGUGAUGAUUACUCCUUAGACACACACACACUCUUUCUGGAAGGAAGUGUUUUCAUUAUACACUUCAAAGUGUUUUCCUGUGAGGAGGGUGGGGCAAGUGUGACCCUCUGCCUAGGGAGAAAGGGAGGGAGGUUCACAGAGGCGAACUCUCGCUCUGGCCGCCAGGGCAGCAGAAGGAACUGGCAUCGCUGCUUGCUGUUCUGCGGAGUCCACCCCAUUAAGAGCUAAGAAUUGAGCCCCAAAAUAAUUCUUCCAAGAAUUCGGCUCUUGUUUAAUAAAAGGUGAACUUUGCACACGUUUUCCCCUUGGCUUCCCUGUUAGCAUUUUAUUUAGAGACCUCACAGGGCAAAGAAAGUAGCUGGCUUCCUUUUCCUUUCCUGUCAGCAAAUACAACAUCCACAUUUUAGCAUGUUAAAAAGGACUCAGAAAAUGAACAUUGCAACAUUUUCGUGCCAUGUAAGUCAGAGCAGAGCUGUGACUGAACGGGGCCGUGGCACCACUUUGCUGGGUGUUACCCAGAUCAAAAUAUUCCUUGAAGCCGAGAGUGUGCCGUGCUAUAGCUGAAGAAAUUGUUCCAGUUCUCUAAAGGGGAAAAAAAAAAAAUCAAAUGAAACCAUUUGCAUUCUAACAGUCUUUGGCACCAGGGAAAGCUGUCAACUGUGUCACGUGUAAAUAGAAAUCCCGUUCCCGUUUUUGGUGUGUUUUUUCAUAAUUUCCCUUGCCACUCUAAUUAUCAAAGAUAUUUUUGUUUUUAAACAAAAAUUGUCUCCCACGCAGGCCCCAUCUCCUUGCUGCGGUGAAGUGGAAACAAUGAAUUAGAAUAUUCUAAUCACUUCUCCAGCAACCGCUGCUGAGGUUAUAAACAUAAGAUUAUACUAAGUAAAGAAAACUUAAAUUGUUUAGGCAUAAAACAGACCAGAGAAAUUUUCGAAGUGCCCCGUGCCCACCUGCCUCCCUUGUCGCCCUGGCGUAUAUCUACUAAAUCCAAGGAAGAAAGCAAACCUGGCUUCACCCAGUCUCCUGCAGUGUCCCAGUAAAACCAAACCCCCUGAGGACACAGGCCUUUCAGAUUAAUGAGAUUAAAAACAAGACUUCAACUUCCUUGAGCAACCAUUUAGGCUCCAGUCUGACAUCCCAGAGCGAGAGAAGGGCUCCUGGGAAUGGUGGUCAAGAGUAAGACAUGAUCCGUCACAUGGAGAGUGUGCAGCGGAUUAGUUGGCAGCUCAGGGGUCGCACAUGAGACACUGGUCAGGCAGCAUCUGUGUUUUCUCAUUGAAACCGCAGCAAAACCCUGACUAAAGGUAUAUCCAGCCCCCAUAUUUAGAAAAGAAGAAACUGGCACUGAGCCAAAUUGAGUAGCCUCCCACAGCCCCUUCUCUGGUGAAGCGUGAUAACAUGAAUCCUCCAGCCUUCCCCGGUGGUGAACAGUGAACCCCUCCUUUAGAUCCUUUUAUAGACUGUAGAUAUUCCAGAGACAGAGGUCAUCUUAAUUCAUUUGUGCACCAUAAGUCACUUGUUAACUAUGAGAAUCUGCUCUGGCAAAUGCUUAUGGGAAGGGUGCCCUGAAAGAGAAAUAAGGGGCAACCGCUUAGGUAAAUGGCCAGGCAAGGCCACCUUGCUGGCCGAGAGGGACUGCCCAAGUGCCUCAGUCCUCUCGGGGCUGACAAGCCACACUAAGUGGCUCUCGUUGGCUACGUGCAUGAAGCUUACACUUGGACUGCCCGUACUGUGGCCCUGGGCUUGAGAUCAAAGAUUCAGAGGUAGGAUGUGAACAAACAAGAGGCAAGUGUUGUGACCCCCUAAAUUAAAAAUGAAGACCAUCAGCCUUAGUGAUGGUUGGGGACCAGGGCCUGUCUGCAUCCCCUGCAGGACACCAGGGUGGAGGUGGGGUGUCCAGCCAGGUCUGCUC